UCCCAGACAAGCGUUCCUACUUCAGCCCAAGUUAGUGCUGUUCCUCAGCCGGGGAGGUUUCGUUACACCCUGGAGAGCGAUGUCCUCACCACAGAGCAGAGGCAGUUCUAUGAAGACAACGGGUAUCUGCUUGUUAAGAAGCUCGUUUCUGAUGAAGACAUUGAGCGUUUCAGGAAGGAGUUCACGAGGAUCUGUAAAAAAGAGGUCAAUCUACCAGGUCUCAUGAUUAUGAAGGACGAAUCCCUGAGAGCCCAGUAUGGUCAGUCUGAAAAAAUAGUUAAUAAAGUGCAGGACUUCCAGGAAGAUAAAGAGCUGUUCAGAUACUGUACACUGCCAGAGGUCCUCAGAUACGUCGAGUGCUUCACAGGGCCAAACAUCAUGGCAAUGCACACCAUGCUGAUAAAUAAACUUCCAGAUUCUGGUAAGGAAAACUUGGAUAUGAGGAAAAUACCUUGUU